CCACACCCUUUUUAGGUUAACUUAAAUUUGCAAAAAGAUGCCUAAACUCCUACAAGGCAUUGUCACUGUCGUCGAUGUUUUCUACCAAUAUGCUACCCAGCAUGGGGAGUGUGACAUGUUGAACAAGGAAGAGCUGAAAGAACUUUUGGAAAAUGAGUUUCGCCAAAUUCUAAAGAAUCCAGAUGAUCCAGAUACUGUAGAUAUCAUCAUGCAAAAUCUGGAUCGAGACCAUAAUAAACAAGUGGAUUUUAUUGAGUAUCUUCUGAUGAUCUUCAAGCUAUUUCAGGCUUGUAAUAAAAUCAUUGGCAAAGACUACUGCCAAGCUUCAGGGUCAAAGCAGAAAGAUCACAGUCACCAGCACCAAGAGGAACAGAGUGAAACAGAAGAAGAGGAAGGAAAAGGGCAAAAAUCCUCUUCCACUUAUUCAAGUUCAAGUGCAGGAGAGAAUGGUUCCUAUUCCAGGGGCUCCAGAGGAAGCACUGAGCAUAAGCCUAGGUCAACCUCCAGAAAACUGAGGCAUCAAGGAGACUUGUCUAGUUCUGAGCACAGGGAAAGCUCUGAGGAAAGGACAGAGUCAAGUUCAAGCCACUUCAAGAAUAGUGAAAAAAACAAGCAUGGCUCUCAUCAACAAUAUAAGAAAAAAGGAGGCCAGUCCCCUAACCAACAGCAUCAUGGAUUCAGCUCAGGGAGCUGCGAAAAACAAGACUACCAGUCAAGUUCAAGUGACCUUACUAGUCAACAACAAAAAUAUGGUUCUGAACCAAGACAGUCCUCAAGUUAUGAAAAGUAUAGGUCUGAAUCAGGCAAGUUCACAAGUAAUGACAAAAAUCAAUCAAGCUCCUAUCAGUCCUCUACUCAGAGAAAACUUAGCAGCAGCUCUAGUCACCAGCUAGGAAACUAUGGAAGACAAAAUCAUGGAUCUGGAGCAGGUCAGUCCUCUGCCUUUGGUCACCAUGGGUCUGGCUCAGGACAAGCUUCCAGCCAGGGUCACCAAGAGACUAGAUCUGGAGAGUCUUCUGGCUAUGGGCAAUAUGGUUCUGGGUCCAAUCAUUCUUCUAGGCAAAAAUACCAUGAAUCCAACUCAGGUGGUCAUUCAGGGAGUUGUGAAAAUCAAACACAUAGCUCUGGAUCAGGUCAAUCCUCUAAUUAUGGAAAAUAUGGAUCUGGCUGUAGCCAACCUCCUAGUCAGAAAUACCAUGAGUCCACCUCAGGGAGUUAUGAACAAUAUGGGUCAGGGUCAGGUCAGUCAUCAAAUUAUGGACAGCACAGCUCUUCAACUGGUCAAUCCUCAAGCUUAGGUCAACAUGGAUCGAGAUCAGGUCAAUCUUCUAGCCAUAGUCAACACAGUUCUGGUUUAGAUCAGUCAUCUAGCUAUGGCCAACAGAGUUCAGGCUCAGAGCAGUCUUCAAGAUAUGGUCAAUAUGGAUCUGGAUCAGGCCAAUAUUCUAGCCACAGGCAACAUCAAUCAGGUUCAAGAGAGUCAUCUGGUUUUGGUCAACAAGAGUCUGGCUCAGGAGGAUCUUCUGGUUUUGGUCAACAUGGGUCUGGAUCAGGUCAGUCUUCUGGCUUUAGUCAGCAUGGAUCUGGUUUAGGUCAGUCCUCUAGUUAUGGAUAUCAUUGUUCUUCAUCAGGACAGUCAUCAAGCUGUGGCCAACAUGGAUCCAACUCAAGUCAGUCUUCCAGCGGUGGACAGAAUGUGUCUGGAUCAAGUCAGUCUUCUAGCCACAGGCAAUAUAGGUCUGGUUCAAGUUCAUCUCCUAGCAGUGGUGAAUAUGGCCAACACAGAUCCAGAUCAAGCCAAUCUUCUAGGCACAGGAAAUAUAGGUCUAGUUCACAGCAAUCUUCCAGCAGUGGUAGAUACAGGUCUGGCUCAGGUCAGUCUUCUAGCCACAGUCAGCAUGGAUUUGGAUCCAGUCAGUCCUCAAGGUACAGCCAACAUGGGUCUAGGUCAAGUCAGUCUUCUGGUUUGGGUCAAUAUGGAUCUGGUUCAGGAAAGUCAUCUAGGUUUGGGCAACAUGGCUACAGCUCAGGACAGUCCUCUGGCUUUAGUCAGCAUGGAUCUGGCCUAGGUCAAUCCUGUAGCAACAGGCAACACAUUUCAUCAUCAGGAGAGUCAUCAAGCUGUAGCCAACAGAGGUUCACCUCAGGUCAGUCUUCCAGCUAUGGUCAGCAUGGAUCUGGUUCAAAUCAGUCUUCUAACUACAACCAAUAUGGGUCUUCUUCAGGACAGUCCUCUGGCUUUGGUCAGCAUGGAUCUGGCUUAGGUCAAUCCUCUAGUUAUGGACAACAUGGUUCCUCAUCAGGACAGUCAUCAAGCUGUGGUCAACAUGGAUCCAGCUCAGGUCAGUCUUCUAGCUACAGUGGAUACAGGUCUGGCUCAGGUCAGUCUUCUAGCUGUAGCCAACAUGGGUCUGGAUCCAGUCAGUCUUCAAGGUAUAGCCAACAGGGGUCUGGAUCAAAUCAGUCUUCCACCUUUGAGCAACAUGAAUCUGGCUCAGGUCAGUCUUCCAGCUUUGGCCACCAUGGGUCUGGCUCGGGACAGUCUUCUCACUUUGGUCAGCAUGGAUCAGGUUCAGGUCAGUCUUCCAGCUAUGGUCACCAUGGGUCUGGUUCAGGUCAGUCUUCUAGCUAUGGUGGAUAUAGGUCUGGCUCAGGUAAGUCUUUUAGCCAUAGCCGACGUGGAUCUACAUCCAGUCAAUCUUCAAGGUUCAGCCAACAGGGGUCUGGACCAAAUCAAUCUUCUGCCUUUGGGCAACAUGAGUCUGCCUCAGGUCAGUCUUCUGGCUUUGGUCAACAUGGGUCUGGCUCAGGAGAGUCUUCUGGCUUUAGUCAACAUGGGUCUUGUUCAGGUCAGUCUUCUAGCUAUGGUGGACAUAGGUCUGGCUCAGGUCAAUCUCCUAGCCAUAGCCGACAUGGGUCUACAUCCAGUCAGUCUUCAAGGUGCAGCCAACAGGGGUCUGGAUCAAACCAGUCUUCUGCCUUUGGGCAACAUGAGUCUGGCUCAGGUCAGUCUUCUGGCUUUAGUCAGCAUGGAUCUGGCUUAGGUCAAUCCUCUAGUUAUGGACAACAUGGUUCUUCAUCAGGACAAUCAUCAUGGUGUGGUCAGCAUGGAUCCAGCACAGGUCAGUCUUCCAGCUAUGGUCAGCAUGGGUCUGAAUCAAAUCAGUCUUCUAGCUAUAGCCAACAUAGGUCUAGAUCAUCUUCCAGGCACAGGAGAUAUGGGUCUGGUCAAAGGCAGUAUUCUGGUUUUGGUCAACAUAGGUCUAGCUCAGGUCAGUCUUCUAGCUUUGGUCAACAUGGAUCUGGCUCAGGUCAGUCUUCCGGCUUUGGCCAACAUGCAUCUGGCUCAGGAGAGUCUCCUGGAUUUGGUCAGCAUGGAUCAGGUUCAGGUCAGUCUUCCAGCUAUGGUCACCAUAGGUCUGGCUCAGGGCAGUCUUCUAGCUAUGGUCAACAUGGGUCUAGCUCAGGUCAGGUUCACAGUGUCAGAGGUGGAGAAGUCAUGGACGAUGCCAAGGUCCCCCACUUUAGACCCCCUGAGUACACCGACAUGAAGCCCAGCCCAACGGAGGCCUUAGAAAGAAUGCAUUAA